AUGGAUGAUAUAUACGUAUUACAAUACACACGUAUAUAUGUUUGUCAAUUUAGGUUGUUACUUUCUACAUCUUCUAUUCACUUCCUAAGGCGGUCCAUGAAAUGUGAUUAUGUCUUCAAUCAAGUUCAUUAGACUCUGUAGCUGUGGAAGCCUGCUAUGCAAGAUGUUUCUAGUGUUUGUUGCAUGCACUGUAGCUGUUGUAAACUUCACAAAAUGAACAUGGACUGAGCAAGUGUCCUACAAUUAGAACUGAAUGUUGGUGCAAUCUCUGUUAUGUUAGUGAUUAGAUUGCUGCCAAUUUUGCAUGUUCAUCAAUAUUUUUAGUUAAUUAGUUCCUGACUUAAUCAUUUCUUGAAGUUCUAUGAAGUUACAAGUAUUUAUUGUGUUUGUUUAUGAGUCACUUGGUGAAAACCAUAUUUUGGUGGAUUGGAAAUUCCAUCCUUGUGAGUCAAUAAAAAAUAUAGAAAAUUGACCAUUGUGGGCUUAUUUUCCCUCCCAAACUUCGAAAUCCUGUAUCUAUUUUUACAACAGUCAUUUCCAUGCUUUCAAAUGAGGGUAACUGCAGUAAAAAUUACAGUUGUUACUGCUAGGCCAUUUAGUAAACAUCUCAUGAGUUUGAUCUAUUUUGCUUCUGCUUCUUUUCUUGUUUCUACAAUUGCUUUCUGAGGUUUCUUCAUAUAUAUACAAUUUGUCAAAUUGCAUAUUUAUUCUUUAAAAAAUUUCAUUUGUAUGGAUUUUCUUGUAAGUCCAAUUAGUUUACUGGUAACUUUGUGGAUAGAGGACAUUUUGAUGGCAAAAAUGCUCUACAUCAAUCAAAUGACAUAACUAAAGUUGUAAAUUGAUGUUUAAUAAAAUCUGUCAAGAACCAUGGUUCACAAGAAUAUUUAGUGGGGCAUUUGUGAAGCAUAUUAAUGAAAAACACUAGGGGCGAAAAAUGAAUCACGAUGGCUAAUGUUUAAGUAGGGUUAAUUUGACUCCUGUACACAGAUGAAUGUGUGCAAUAUUUGGGUUUACAAAGGCAUUCAUACAAAUAAACAUUUUGGGAGUGUUAAGUACAAUUAGUUUCACACUUUUGUACAAGUAUAUAUGCCCAACAAAACAAUUUUUGUUUGUCUGAAUUGCAACUAUUAGGUGAUUUGUGAAAAAAAGUAUGUAUUAUCUGGAAUCUUAAUGACACUUUUGCAUAUCCUCUUAUAGUGGGUCCUUAUUGUUUGGUUGUUAUUUUGCAGCAUGACAUACAUUUUCCUUCACGCCAUCAUUUUAUCUUUAAUCUUUAUUUAGAGAUUUGCACUAUGUUAUUCCUUGGCUUAUCUGGACUGGCCUUAUUUUAGCCAAUAUUCUUUAAACUUUGGUUUUUUUCUGAGGCUACAAUUUUUGUCAUUUUCUAGGCAGCUUGCCGAAUUAUGAGACUGCCUUUCUUGUUGUAUAUUUGCAUCUGUAUUUUUCCUUUAACUUCUUUAGUAUCUUUGGGAUGAUGCUUUCUUUUUAAAUACAAGAUCGUUGGUGAACCUAAAGGUAAGUGUCUUUUAUGGGCUAAUUCUUUGGCUUUUCCAGAUAUAUUACCUAUUUGGCAGGAGAUGUUCUUAUUAUCUCACACCCAAGGAUUGAAAUUUUGACCAGUCCGGCAUGGUCUGGCCAGUACUUACUGGUCCGGCCACCAGCCAGUAUGCAGAUCAGCCCAAAACCGGGUGGUUUGAUCCGGUAUAUAUAUAAUACUUUUUUCUAAAACUUUUAGAAAACUACGGUAAGGUGUGCGACUCCUCUUCACUCGCGAUGGUUUUGCACGGCCACUGCUUGCUGCUUGCCCGUCGCCAACUCCAGGUCAUAAACCGAGUUACAGCCGUACUAGAGAUGUUGAAGAAGUUCCCCGAGUUAACCAUAUGGAUAGUCCUGUCUGUUCUAAUUCCAUCACAAGUCAGAGUCAGCUGCCAUCCCAAGGAACAGAUGUUGAUAGCCCUAACAGUGCACAUACAUCAGAAUAUGAAGAUGCUGAAUCAGCAGAUAAUCAUCCAACAAGUUCCAGAUACUACCCUUUCCUUAGGAUGCAGCAGUAUGAUGCUGGACAAAUGAUGAGUGUUCAGCUCUUGGACCCUUAUGUUUCGGAUCCUUCCAUAGAUAGUAACCGUGGUUUUCAGGGAACACAUGAUGCGGAACCAAAAUCAGACUUUUAUUCAGUUACUCAAGAGGAUAUAAGUAGAGUAUUUGAUGAAACAGGUCUUGGGUUAUCAUUUAGGGGGUCCAAAACACAGUAUGAUCUGACAUCAUGGGAUGAAGUCCUGGAGCAUUGUGCAACUUCAUUUCAGAUGCCAUCUUUUCAAUCAUCUGUUGGUUUUACAGAGCCUCCAGUGGUGGAAAAUAAUAAUAAACUUGAAUCUUCGAUACUUGGAGAUUUAUAUGAUGGGAAUCACAGCACCAGGCCAGAUGGCUCUGGUGUGUUAGACAAGCCAGCAUGGCAGCUUUCUAAUCCUGACUCCGAGUCAGCUGUUACGUCAAAUAUUAACGUGGAAAAUGGGACAUCUGUAUCUGAAAGUGUCGAUUGCCCUUCCAUUGUGAAACAACCAUCAUUGGACCUUUCGAUUAUUGAAGGUGAAGGCCUAAACAAGUAUGAUAGCUUCACAAGGUGGAUGAGCAAAGAACUUGGAGAAGUUGAUGACUCACAUAUGAAAUCAAAUUCUGGGGUAUACUGGAGUGCUGUAGGAAGUGAUAAUGUUGUUGAAGACUCUAGCAUUUCAAAUCAUGAACAUUUAGAUGCAUAUAUAAUGAGCCCCUCGCUUUCAAAGGACCAGCUUUUCAGUAUAAUUGAUUUCUCUCCAAACUGGGCGUAUACUGGUUUGGAGACUAAGGUUUUAAUUACUGGGACAUUCUUAAAGAAGAAAGAAGACCUUGGCAAAUGUAGAUGGUCAUGCAUGUUUGGGGAAGUUGAAGUUCCAGCGGAGGUUGUAGGAGAUGGAAUUCUUCGCUGCCAUGCUCCACCACAUAAAUCUGGAAGGGUACCUUUUUACGUCACCUGUUCCAACAGAUUGGCUUGCAGUGAAGUGAGGGAGUUUGAAUUUCGUGGAAGCAAUGCUCAUCCUGUGGAAAAUAUAGGUUCCUGCAUUUAUAACACAAAUGAAAUGCUACUUCAUAUACGUCUUGAUAAGUUACUUUCUUUGGGUCCAAUUGACUACCAAAAAAUAGAUCCAGAGAUAUUUAGGAAGAAAGCUCAUGUGAGAAGUAAAAUUAGUUCAAUUAUGAUGGAUGCUGCUGAUGAGUGUUCUUCUCUGCUUAAGCUAGCUGAAAGAGAAGGAUGCACUGCUGACUAUGUAAAGGAUCAGUUGCUUGAAACACUAUUACGAGAGAAGUUGGUUACUUGGCUUCUACACAAAGUGGCUGAAGAUGGUAAAGGCCCCAGCAUGUGGGAUACUGAGGGGCAGGGCGUGAUACAUUUAUCAGCUGCUCUUGAUUACUAUUGGGCCAUAAAACCAAUAGUGACUGCUGGUGUUAAUAUUAAUUUCAGAGAUGUACAUGGGUGGACAGCCCUUCACUGGGCAGCAUUUUGUGGAAGGGAGUGGACAGUUGGUACCCUCAUUGCAAUGGGUGCAGCACCUGGUUUAUUGACAGACCCAUCCCCUGAGUUUCCUUCAGGAAGAACACCUGCAGAUUUAGCAUCAGCAAAUGGUCACAAAGGCAUUGCUGGUUUCCUGGCAGAGUCAUCUUUGACAAGCCAUCUUUUGGCCCUCACUAUAGACACAAAAGAAAGUGAUCUACCAGAAAUUGCUAGCUUGACGGGUAUUGAAGAUGAUGCAGAACGGAGUGCUCUUGAGGUUGCUGAGGGAGACAUGCAGGCCGGACUUUCACUGAAGGACACAUUAAGUGCUGUUCGGAAUGCUUCUCAAGCUGCAGCUCGCAUUUACCAAGUUUUUAGAGUGCAGUCAUUCCACAGAAAGAAGAUUGUUGAGUAUGGAGAUGACAAGUCUGGAAUAUCAGAUGAACAUGCACUUUCACUUAUAUCUAUCAAGUCACAUAAAUCAGGACAAUAUGAUACGCCUCUGCAUGCUGCUGCCAUUCGUAUACAAAACAAGUUCAGAGGAUGGAAAGGGAGAAAGGAGUUUUUGAUUAUUAGGCAACGGAUAGUCAAGAUCCAGGCUCAUGUACGUGGCCAUCAAGUGAGGAAACGAUAUCGAAAAAUUGUGUGGUCAGUAGGAAUUGUGGAGAAAGCUAUAUUGCGUUGGAGGCGUAAAGGAAGUGGCUUACGUGGCUUUCGAUCUGAAGGUCUUUUGGAGGGCACUACCAUGCAAUGUCAACCUAAAAAGGAAGAUGAUUAUGAUUUCUUGCAAGAAGGCAGAAGACAGACAGAAGCUAGAAUGCAGAAGGCACUUGCAAGGGUGAAGUCUAUGGUUCAAUAUCCAGAAGCUAGAGAUCAGUAUCGAAGACUUCUAGCUGUUGUUACAGACUUCCAGGAGUCCAAGGCAAUGGAAGAAAGCGUUGACAAUGAGUCAGAGGAGAAUGCAGAUGGGGAUUUCAUGGUUGAGCUAGAAGAGUUCUUGGAAGGUGACACGCUGAUGCCCAGUGCUUGAUGAGGUUGAACUUUAUUUGUAAUUCAUAUGUUAAAUAUUUGCAUCAUAGUACCACCUCUAGUCCAUUAACUGCUACUGUAAAUCAUCCUCCACUAAUCAUAACCUCCUAGAUACAGUUAAGUUGCAUUUGGCGUGUGUCAUGCAUGUAGCUGAUAUAUUAUGAGCAACAAUAAUAGCUGUACUGAAGAGCUGGAAUGAACUCGAAUAUAGUUUGUACAUUGUACCAUGGACAAGGUGGGAGUUACAUACAUAAAUUAUUAAUGUAGUUUGUGCCGUGGAGAAAAAAAUUGGUAUUGCAUACUA